UUCCGUACGAUGUCGUGGCGUUUCCGAUCUUGUUGAAGUAGUGUUAGCUUGCCAGCUACCAACAAAAACAGCUACUGCUGCUCAUCUCUGACAUUAGCUAUCACCUUAAAGAUAGGACAUCUCUGAUAGAAUAAAUCAAAAUGAGACGCGCAGGUUUGGGCGAAGGAGGACCUGGAAAUUAUGUGGCCAGCGGGUACAGCGCGUAUGAAGAGGAAAAUGAACACUUACAAGAGGGUCUGAGAGCCAAAGUCAGCGCCUUGAAACAUCUGUCAAUAGAUAUUGGAACCGAAGUGAAGUACCAGAACAAAAUUUUGGAUGAUAUGGACUCAGACUUUGACUCAACAGGUGGUUUGCUGGGGGCCACCAUAGGGAGAGUGAAGCAGCUUUCCAGAGGAAGCCAGACCAAGCUCCUGUGUUACAUGCUGCUCUUCUGCCUCUUUGUCUUUACCCUCCUCUACUGGUUUAUCAAACUGAGGUGAUACAUUACAGGAGGCCCCGGCUUUUCCCUCCCUGCCUCCACCAUAAGUCCGCCACUGGAUCAGAAGACCAUGAUGACGAUGAUAAUCAAAUUGUCACACACGCCGAAUACAAGUGUAGACCUUACCGUCAAAUGCUUACUUAGGAGCCCUUAGCCAACAGUGUGACAAUGACAAUAGGGGGUAAUAAUGCAUGGCUGUUAUUCAUUUUAGACAGCCCUAAUGGAAUUAAUAGACACCACCAUAAGUUCACGAUUGUAACAAUGUCCAUUAACGAUGAGGUAUAUUCUAGGUUCAUUUGUAACUUGAGUGAUCUAGUUCAUCAGUGAUCUGGUAAGGUUAAGCAGUAACAUACAGUGCAUUCGGAAAGUAGUCAGACCCCUUGAAUAUUUCCACAUUUUACAUUACACCAUUCUAAAAUUGAAAAGCAAUUUAAUCCAUCUAAACACUAUCCCAUAAUGACAAAGCAAAAACAGGUUUAGACAUCUACAUAAAUAUUCAGACCCAUUACUCAGUACUUUGUUGAAGCACCUUUGGCAGCGAUUACAGCCUCAAGUCUUCCUUGGUAUGACUACAAGCUUGGCACACCUGUAUUUGGGGAGUUUGUCACAUUCUUCUCUGCAGAUCCUCUCAAUCUGUCAGGUUGAAUGGGGAGCGUUGCUGCACAGCUAUUUUCAGGUCUCUCCAGAAAUAUUAGAUCAGGUUCAAGUUUGGCCUCUGGCUAGGCCACUCAAGGACAUUCAGAGACUUAGGGUCAUUGUCCUGUUGGAAGGUGAACCUUCGCCCCAGUCUGAGAUCCUGAGCAGGUUUUCAUCAAGAUUCUCUGUUCUGUUCAUCUUACCCUCAAUCCUGACUAGUCUCCCAGUCCCUGCUGCUGCCAGGGUUUUCUCCAGAUGUGAUGCUUGACAUUCAGACCAAACAGUUCAAUCUUGUUUCAUGGUCCUUUCCUUUUGACAAACUCCAAGUGGGCUGUCUUGUGCCUUUUUACUGAGUUGUGGCUUUCGUCUGGCCACUCUACCAUAACUGCCUGAUUGGUGGAGUGCUGCAGAGAUGGUGGUUCUUCUGGAAGGUUCUCCCAUCUCCACAGAGAAACUCUGGAGCUCUGUCAGUGACCAUCGAGUUCUUCAUCACCUCCCUGACCAAGGCCCCAAUUGCUCAGUUUGACUGGGCUGCCAGCUCUAAGAAGAGUCUUGGUGGUUCGAACUUCUUCCAUUUAAGAAUGAUGGGGGCCAUUGUGUUCUUGGACAUUCAAUGCUGCAGACAUUUUUUUGGUACCAUUCCCAGGAUCUGUGCCUUGAAACAAUCUCUAUAUAGACAAGUGUGUGCCUUUCAUGUCCAAUCAAUUGAAUUUACCACAGUUGGACCCCAAUCAAGUUGUGGAAAUAUCUCGAUCAAUGGAAACAGGAUGCAUCUGAGCUCAAUUUUGAGCCUCAUAGCAGAAGGUCUGAAUUAAUAAAGUAUAUAGCAAAAAUGUCAAAUCUAUUUUCACUUUGUCAUUAUGGGUAUUGUGUAUAGAUUGAUGAGGGGGGGGGAUAAUUUAAUCCAUUUUAGAUUAAGGCUGUAACAUAACAAUGUGGGAUAACUCGAGGGUUCUGAAUACUUUCCGAAUGCACUGUAUAUACAAAUGCGACUAAGCUCUCAAGGCUGAGUCACUGAGGAGCUCUCCAGUGCAUGAUUCAUAAUGCUAUCUGUAUGCAAAUGUGAUAGAUGUCAUGAUCUUGAAGAGAUUGCUUGAUCCAGUGUGACACUGACAUUUGAUCAAUAGUGUUCAACUGUAGAGUUCUACUAUAAACACACACCUUGUUUAUUUGUUUUGAGGAAUAAAUUAUAAGGCUACACUCUCACUUCAAAACAUUUCCUAUCCAGUCUACAGCGACCGUUCAUUUCUACCACGUGAACAACUUUAAUGUAAAUGUGUUUUAUAUGUAAAUAAACAAGAUGUAUGUUUUGAA